AUGCAUAUUGACCCCAGUGACCCGGUAUUAGCACCCCGGGAUGAGCUUAUUGAUGACCACGUCCCUUGGACAGCAGUAGAUAUGUCAUCUUUGACACGCAUUCGAUGUCGUGAAUGCGACACUCCUUUCUUGAAAGAGUCUGCUGAAAUGAGUGGCCAGUCUGUUCUACCUGGAUGGCUCUGGAAGGACCUUCCGAGUGGAAAUUGGGCAGAGAUGAUGGACUUUUGGCAUUGCCAUAAGCCUGACCCCCAUGAAGACAAUCCCAAGACCGAAGCCGCCGCAGCUCUUAAGUUGGAGGAUCAGAAUGCUCAGAUUAAGGGGUAUGGAGCUUCUAGCCACGUAGAAGCAAUUCCAGGGACUGUUCUUAUCGACGUGGCCACAUUUUUGCUCGCAGAAGCAGAUUGCAUGAAUCUGAAAAAGGGUAAUGAAGAAGAGGCGAAAACGACGACUCUGCUAGGUUCCUAUGGAAGAACUUUGGAAUGCACAGAGUGCAACGCAAUUAUCGGCAUGGAAGAUCCAUCGGCGAGAGGUUGGCGACUCCUUAAAGCGAACGUCUCUUUGAACACCAACAUCCCGAGGCCCGAAUCAGACGGGGAACAAUGGCAAAGCCAUCAUACGCAAAUUAUCGUUGCUGCACAACUGCUCGAGCUUAUCGAGAGAGAAAGUGCCCGGCGCUUCGUUGUACACUGCGGACAGAAUAGCGGAUUAUUGCUUUGGGUCUUCAACCCAGAUCUCCGAUACUCCAACUCUAGUGCAGGCCAUAGCGCCAACCCCCAGCAAGCCAUGAAGGUAUUUUUCCAGGAGACGCGAGAAGUUGACAAGUUGCUUGCUCCUGAGGUUGGGAAUCCAUCGCCUUUGUCUGUGGAAGAGCUGGAAUUACCUUCAAUGGUGUAUGAAGCCUUGUCCGAGACCCUUCAGGAAAGCAAUCAGAUGCUACCUCCGACGGCAAGGAAGUUCAAUGAAUGGCAAGUUGGGCUGCUCAGUCGAUUCAGUCGACUUCAAGCAACUUAA